CUGUUGUAGGAAAAUGAGAUCGGCAAUCAAGGCAACAAGAAUUUGGAGGAUCCUAAGAAAGAAAGACCAGUCUCUUGAAGCAUUCAUAAGAAAUUAUGCUCAUUUAAAUGAGAAAAGAUAUAAAUUUAAAGAUGUGAAGAAAAUGACCAAAUCAUUCAAAGAAAAGUUGGGGCAAGGAGGUUACGGUGAGGUGUACAAAGGAAAAUUACGUGAAGGGCGUGUUGUGGCUGUAAAACUUCUGAAUGCUUCUAGAGGAGAUGGACAAGAAUUUGUUAAUGAGGUUGAAAGCAUUGGUAGAACUUCUCAUGUAAAUAUUGUUGCUCUUUGGGGAUUUUGCUUAGAAGGUAGUAAAAGAGCUCUCAUCUACGAAUUUAUGCCCAAUGGGUCUCUAGAAAAGUUUAUAGAUAAUGAAAAUCAUUCUCAAUUUACACAACGCUUGGAAUGGAAAAAACUGCUUCAAAUUGCUAUUGAGAUAGCUCGAGAACUAGAGUAUUUGCAUCGAGGAUGCAACACUAGAAUUUUGCAUUUGGACAUAAAACCACAUAACAUUCUCUUGGAUGAAGAUCUUUCCCCAAAGAUUUCAGAUUUCGGUCUUGCUAAACUUUGCCCGAAGAAAGAGAGUGUUAUAUCAUUGUUGGAUGCUCGAGGGACGAUAGGAUACAUUGCUCCAGAAGUAUAUAGUCGAAAUUUUGGAGGAGUCUCUUCUAAAUCUGACGUUUAUAGUUAUGGAAUGAUGAUGCUUGAGAUGGUUGGAGGACGAAGGAAUAUCAAAAUUGGAGGGAGCCAAAAGAGUGAAAUAUAUUUUCCUGAUUGGAUUUAUAAACAUCUUGAACAAGGAAGCAAUUUAGAAAUAUGGGGUGAGAUGACAAGCAAUGAAAGUGAAAUUGCAAGAAAGAUGGUUAAUGUUAGCUUGUGGUGUAUUCAAACUAGUCCAAUUGAAAGGCCAUCCAUGAGUAAAGUUAUCGAAAUGUUGGAAGGAAGUUUAAGGGCCUUGCAGUUACCACCGAUGCCUUCCAUGUUUGCUCCAGUAAUAACCCCAGAAAGAUUGCCAGCUGAAAUACUGAUAGAAUCUUCGAAAAAAACAUCACUGUAAUUAUAAUACCAAAUGAUAAUCAUCUAUGUU